AUGACCACAGCAAGCUUCUCCCACAUCGACACUGACUCCUAUUCCGGAAAGCCUUGGGCCAAGGUAGACGGACCUGGCACCAGCUUCUCGCACAAAUGGCACGAGCGAUCCGUCCACAAUCUACGCGGCCACGAACAUGAAUUCAACACCGACAACUCCGGUUUCGCCGUCUACCAAUAUCCCGCCAAAGAGAAAGCCUUCACAGACGACGCAGCAGUACGAGAAGGCUACUACGCCGAAGUCGAAGCCUUACUACGCAACAAGCUGCCUGGCGUGAAAAAGGUCGUCAUCUUCGACCACACGAUCCGGAGACGAGACAAGAACUCACCCAGGCAACCAGUCCAGCAAGUCCAUGUAGACCAGACCGAAGCCGCCGCAGAAGCACGUGUACGCCGCCAUCUCUCACCUGAAGAAGCCGACGAAUGGGUAAAAGGCCGCUACCAAAUCAUCAACGUCUGGCGACCUAUUGAAAAUCCUGCUUCGGACCAUCCCCUCGCCAUGAUAGACUGGAGAACAACAUCAACGUCCGACUUCGUUGCUACAAACCUCCUAUACCCUAAGCGCGCCGACUCCAUGGACGUCGACGACCGGGGCAAGGAAGUCCUUCCCGACCCAAACAACCAUACUUCCACAGAAGGCUACGAGGUCAAGGGCGAAACUAUGUCGGUGGCAGCGAACGACCAGCACAAAUUCUACUACCAGAAAGACAUGACGCCUGAGGAAGUUAUUUUGCUCAAGUGCUAUGAUAGUUUUGGAGAGGGCAUGUCUCACGGCAAGGACGGUGUGGCUGUUAGAACACCGCACACUGCUUUUGCGGAUCCGAAUACGCCCGAGGAUGCACCGGGUCGGCAGAGUAUUGAGGUUAGAUGUUUGGUGUUAUAUGAUUAG